AUGGCUUUGGGUCUGGUCAUACUCGCAUUCAUCUUUCUGUUUCAUUUUCAGAGCGUUUUCUGUCAGACUUUCCGGCCUGCUGCUGUUCCACUCGCCGUGAGAUCACCAUACUUCAGUGCAUGGCAGAACACCACGAUAGGGACCAACGUCGCUGACGAAUGGCCACAGUUCUGGAACGACAAUGAGAAUAAUCCUAAUCCUAUCCUCGGCUGGGCAGGUAUUAUUCAGGUCGAUAAUGUCGCCUACAAAUGGCUAGGCGCAGACACUGUCUCGAAGACAGCCAAUCUCUCCGGCAUACAAGUCACGCCCACCCGCACAAUCUACACAAUUCAGGCUGGUCCGAUGGAUGUCAUUGUCACCUUUCUCACACCAAUCGAGAUUGGGUCCGACAAUCAAUACCCUUUUCCUAUGUCGCAGUCAACGCUAGCUCCAACGACGGGCAGCCGCAUCAUGUACAGCUCUAUUCUGAUAUCAGUGCAGCAACCGAAGUGCCUUGGCCCAGUGGAGCACAAACUCGACAAGCUCGUUGCUUUAUCAUCAAAUUGA